UCAAUCAAUCAUAUUGGUUCAUAGAGCGACUAACAAUUGGAGCAGAACAAUGAAGCUAAUCAUCAACGACCUUCUUCUCAAUAUUAUAUGUCCACACCACGAUCUCAAAAUCUGCCACCAUCACUAGUCAGUAAUUCUCACUCUGCCAAAAAUCAUCCUCGUCCUCGUCCCCGCCCUCUUGUGCGGUCACCUCCGAACUUCGAGCUGCCUGAUCACUUCGGGAAUACACUCCAUCAGAAUCAGUCAACUACUCCAUAUCAACCUCCACCUGACCCUCGUCCACUUAGUCCUCCUUUGCCAACCCCUGCUGAGUUGGUAGUGAAGGCACAGAAAAAGGCAGUAGAUCCGAAAAUAGAUAGGAAGCCAGAAGUGAAGGCCGAAAAGAAGAAGCGCCAACGGGCUUUACCAAAGAAUGAUGAGUCGGAUUCAGGAGGAAGUGGGAAUGAAGCACGCCCGAAGAAGAAAGGAGGUCGAACAAAAGGUGUCCUUACUUAUGGAGAUGAAGAAUGUCGAGAGCUUGUUGAACGAGUUGGGGACAUGUUGCCGAUUGGUCAGAAGGGUUGGGAAGCAGUUGUUAGCACAUACAACAAGUGGGCAAGAAAGAAUGGCUAUCCGGAGCGAGAAAGACGGCCACUGGCCAAUAAGUUCAAUAGCCUUGUGACUAUUGCGAAGACGAAACCCACUGGUGAUGCUGAGCGUCGCCAGAUGUAUGCUGAAGCACUUAUGGCUGAAGAUAGUCUGAAUGAGAAGGCAGCAAUUGGUGAUGUGCAGGAUGAUGUUGUCGAGAUCUCCUCCAAUGAUGAUGAUGACGACGACAACCCACAGAUGAAAACUGCAAAGGGGACCAAGAAGGAACCUGGAACUGUUCUUACUAAAGCGUACAAAACAGAAGCCCCAUUGCGUCCACAGCCCCGCCGGAAUCAGGCUACUGCUGUACUAGACUGAAUCAGCUCAUCUCUUGAUCCUGAGAUCC